AUGUUCUCGUCGCAGCUGGGUCGCGCCGCCCGUGUCGGCUCCCAGUCGGCCAGCAUCUCUACAUCCACUUGCGCAGUCGCCAACCGCGUCUCGUCAGCCGCUUGCCCAACUCUUCUUUCGCGCCAACGCCGACUCUCGUCAAGCAAGGCUUCAUGCCCGCCCAACGGUGAUUCGAACCGCUCUCGCCAGCCUGCUGCUGCGACCAAGCCAGAUUUACCUUCCUCGCGCCCGGCAAAGUCGCGCUCUUCUACCAAUCACAAGUCAAACUCGGCCAGUCGCAACCUGAAGGCCGCAAAAGAUGAGACUUUCGCCAACCUGCCUAGCGUGCCUUCGACCGAGCACAUCCUCCCUCAGGAUAUCACCCUCUCGUCAUUCUUCAGUCUCCACCGCCCACUCAGCCUGGGCUCUGCCAUUCCGCCCGCUGCCGACAUGACAGCCUUCAACACCAUCUUUGAGCCCAAGUCAAAACAACAGAAGACAAACGGGGACGUCAUUUUUACUCUCUCCAACGCCAUCAACAACAUCGAGAGCCAACAAAGAGACUCGGAUCUGGGUUGGGAGAUUAUUCAAGAGUCGGCAUCCAACUCAGAUAUCAAGCAUCUCGACGGUGUGCCUCGCUCAAGAUCGCUCGAGGAUUUGGUUGCACAGCUGAAGCCUUUCACUGCCCCUCCGCCACCUUCUCCUGUCAACAUUGAGCAGCAACAGCGCAAAGUCCGUGCUGCUCCUGCUCCCACUGUCAGCCAGAAACACUUCAAGACCACCAUUACCGUCACAGAGAACAAGCGUUCGGACGGCGUCACCUUCUACACUGCCUCGGCCACCCCUCCAGAGCCCGCUGCCAUCAAAGAAGCCCCAUCAUCCACCUCAACCACCCCAUUCAAGGAUCGCCUGCGAAACCGCGAGCUGAACUUUAUGGAGAAAGAGCUCGAACAACAUAGAAGCGACAUCUCCAUCUUGGAAGGCGAGAACAGCAAGGGAGAAAUGCACGCCAUUUCUGUCAAGAGACAGCGCAAGUUGAAGAUGAAGAAGCACAAGUACAAGAAGCUGAUGAAGCGCACGAGAAACUUGAGACGCAGGUUGGAUAGAAACUAG